AUAUCCAGCUGCAUCUGUCAGUUUUAUGAAAAGAAAAUGUAUAAAUGGAAGUGUCACUCUGCACUGUGAAAAGCAGAAUCUAUAAUAAAAACACAAUUUUAUGAGGCAUUUAUACUGAUGUUGCUUCAUUUCCAUAUUAAAAUAGAGGUCUUUAAAAUAAGGCCUAUAAGGAAUAAUUAAAGUGUCACUGUCCUUGUUCGGCUACCUGGACACAUGACUCUCUAAACUCCUAAAAUGGAUAUUCUUCCACGCUGUCUACAAUUAAAGGCUUAUCACCGCCUACCAUGUCCUGGCUCCCCCUUCUAGACCUCAGAUACCCCCUCCUUUCCAUACUCUAGGCACAUCCAGGAGGGUCAGUGAAACAGUGGACAGUUUUUAAACUCAGAAAAGCCACCCUGGGAAUGGGACCACAAAUCAGAAGCAAGAAAACCCUGACAUUCUUUCGGAUCAUCCCCCUCCGGAGACCUCUCUUCAUUCAAAGGGAAUAAACUUUUCCUCAGAGUAGAAAAGGGAACAGUUUUAAGAGAUCACAGAUGGGAUAAAAUUGCGGUAUUUGUUACUGCCUGCCAAACAGGCAUGAGAAACUUUUUUUUUUUAAUUCGAAAUUGAAGAUUUAAGAAUAGAUCCAUUCGCUUACACGCUUUUAUGACAUGCUUUAAACUGAGGUGAGGAGAUCCAGUCGACACAGGCUGUAUCCUAGAAUAAAGCAGCGGAAGUCUUUUGUUAGAAAGGCUGUGAUUUCUAAAGGUGCGUCUCUGGGGCCCUGGUGUAUGGAGAUACAAAGUGCCGGAACAGGCAGAGAGGUUUGGAGGUUUCCAUCCGAGUUACAAUGGCAAAGUGGUUCAAAGAGUUCCCCAUGAACCUGAAGAAUGGUGCCGACAGGAUCCGCUCAGUCUCCGAAUCAGGCACGCAGCCGAGAGCCAAUAAACCAGGUCUGGUGGCGAGCAUCGGUACCAAAGCGCCGGCCUCCAAAACGGGCCAUCGUAAAAACUCCUCUGCGGAUAGCACGGGCGGAGGAGGAGGAGUAGGUGGAGGAGUCGGGUCUCUCCUGUCCGGAAGAAAUCGAAAGAACUCGGCUAUAGAGUUAAGUAGAAACGGCGUGAGCUCUCCGAAAGAUGGGAAAGUGUGGGACAACCUCCUGUCUGGGAAAAGUCGCAAGAACUCCAAAGCAGAACCGGUGUUUGAUGAGCAGCCCAGAUCCAUUAAGAGCUCUCCGUCUGCCCACGCAUACAUCAGUCGGCUGAUCAGAGUGGACAAGCAGGACAAGAGUCCCAGCUUCAACAGCGGUACCAUCACCAGCGCAGUGGCACCUGAGGCGGAGAAAGCAGCCAAAGAGCCAAAGAGCAAAACAGAAACCGUCAUUAUCCUUGAGGACUAUGCGGAUCCUUUUGAUGCUCAGAAAACCAGAGAGCAAAGGGAGGCAGAGAGGGUUGGUGAGAACGAUGGCUACAUGGAGCCGUACGAUGCACAGCAAAUGAUAACCGAGAUCAGACGUCGAGGAUCUAAAGACCUGCUAAAGGUGUGUGUGGUGAUGGAGGGGAGUGAGGGAACAGCGGAUGAAGCUCAUCCUGCCCCCGUACAGAUCUAUGACAUCCCAUACGAGGGAGGUGGUGACAGCGAAAAGACGGCAAUCACGCGGCCAGAGCUGGACACUCGUCCCUCCACUGAGUACGAGCUACCCUGGGAGUGGAAGAAGGAGCAUAUUGUUAAAACCCUAUCAGCACAGUUUGACAGCUCUGAUCGCCCCGCCAAAGAUGAGACGCCUCACCCUACACUUACUAGACAGCCCCAACAUCCGCCAGCCCAGCAUCAGCAUCAGCAUCGGAGGCAGAAAAGCUGGACCCAAAAGAUUCUGAGAUCCUCUCUGCCAGCCCUGCUGCCAUCUUCUACCUCCAGCAGCAGCUCUGAAACCGAGGCCUGCUCCGUGGACCCCUCCCUGCCACUGGAAAAACAGAGCUGGUACCAUGGCUGCGUGACUCGGCAGGAGGCGGAGUUUCAGCUGCACUCCUGCAAAGAGGCCAGCUUCCUGGUCCGGAACAGCGAGUCGGACAACAGCAAGUACUCCAUCGCCCUCAAGACCAGUCAGGGAUGCGUUCAUAUCAUUGUUGCCCAAACUAAAGAAAAUGGCUACACCCUGGACCAGAGCAGCUGCGUGUUCCCCAGCAUCCCAGAGGUGGUGCACCACUACUCCACUCAGCGUCUGCCUUUCAACGGAGCAGAGCACAUGACCCUGCUGCACCCAGUGCCUCGCAUCCACUGACUCAAUCAUAACUUAGCUUGACUAUGCAAAACAAACACACCCCUGGAUGUGAGUAAGGGAGAAGAAAUGGUUCCAAAAAGCAAUCAAAACAUCAGCUCUGAUUUCAGGGAACUAUCAUCCAUACAGCAAACUAACCCUGCCUUAUGUGGUGUGUUUUUUAAUUAUCUUUAUUUCAUCACCAAAUUGACUGCGAAAGUCUCCAUAUCUAAAAUUUACAAUUGGCUGCUUCCUUUAUUUCACUUUGAUGUGCAGCUCAUGCAAAACAUCCAUGCUGCUGUUUUGCAUGUGAGCAAGCUCAGCAGGGACGAUGGGGCACUUUUACUGAUAAAAAAGUCACUUGGAGUUUGUAAACACACAAGAUGUUUUAAUCACUCACUAUGUUUAUGACAAAAGCUACAAUGUGACACAGUCUGUGAAGCAGAAAGUACUUUUGCGAUGGAGACCUAACAUUUCAGUUCAGUUGGCUCUCUUUCGCCCUCUAGUGGAGCUGCUGGGACAUUGUACCAAAUUCCUAACAAAAAGAAUUCUCCACACACAAAAACCCAUGCACAUAAGCAUUUAAUUCCACUUACAAAAAUAUGAACAAAGCCCAUCUAUUUUAUGUGUAUCAUCUUAAUGCAUUCCUAAUUUAUGAUUGUAUGCUUGUUGGUUAUCUGUAACCACGGUGCCUUGAAGAUUUCCACUGUGUUACUGUGAAUGAGGGUGUUGUUUCUGCUGUAUUAUCUGCACUGUGAAGAGUUGGUGAUUCACCCUGGUGCAAUGUGCUUGAAGACAUGAAAGCUUUACAAUAGUUAGAGCUGACGCUGAAUUUUAAUGUCUGGGUCCAGCUUAAUGAGACUUUUGUGGGAGCACGUGUAAAGGAGUUCUGCAUAUUACUGUGAUUUGUGGUAAGAAAACUUUAGAUAACAUUUUUUAAUAUGGCCCACGACUGACGGUGUAAUUCACCUAUAAAUGAACAGAAUUUAGAAGUUACAAUGUAAUUAUAUAAAUCUACAAAUUCUUAAAGUUAGGUACACUAGAAUAUGUGGGAACCAAGUCAGGUUUUUACAGAAAUAAACAAUAAUACUGUAACCUAACCCUUACGUGAUUUUAAGGUGUUAUACACAAUGAAGACACUCCCACUUUCUGUACACUUCCUUUGAAAAUUAUUGUUGAUCAGUGAUUGUGAAAAAACAAACAAACAAAAAAAUAGGUUAGACUUGGCUUCAGGGGCGGAUAUACAGGGGGGUGGGGUGGGGCAACUGGCCCCAAGCUGUAGAGCCUUGCCCUCCUUUUAUGUCUUUAAAAUACUUGUAAAAACUAAUUGUCUAAAAUUACCCACCUAAAAAUUGUCUUUGUUUUCUUAGAAGAGAUAAUGAUACAAUAAAUAGUUUUAAAGUGUUUUUGUGGAUAUUUUGUUGACUCCAUUAACAAAUAUGGGAUUUUCACUACUUCACUGAAGAGUUAUGAGCCACCCUGCCUCAAUCUCUCGCCCCUCAUUUGCCCCCCUAUGUAAAAUUGUGUAGAUCCGCCACUGCUUGGCUCCACAAUUAGGUCACAUAGAUCUGCAAGUUGUGUUAUUCAUGUUUUCUUGUAAGAUUGUAAGCAAGAAGAGUCUUUAUCACAUUUUUAUUGGUAAAAUCAAAAGACAUUUAAAUAAUGGAACAUCCACAAUACACAUCAACAUAAGGAACAUUCAAAAAAGAUGCAAACAAAGAAAAGAAAAAGAAAGAUACAAAUGUAAAGUGGCAAGGUUAUUCCACUCCAUAUUAUGACCUCCCAAAAAAGAUGGGGGAAAUAUUGUUUUGUUUUUCUGUAAAAUUACCAUGAAAUUACACUUAAAAUCACUUGCACAGUAUUUUAAUUUACUUAUAGUAUUUUUACAUAUCUUUGUUUCCUAUAAAAAUCUGACUUGUUACUCCCUUAUAUUAGUGUGCCUACUUUUUAAGUAUUUGUAGGUAAAUAUAGUUACAUAGUAAUUUUAAAUAAAAGAAGUGAAAUUCCAUUUAAUUACAGGGCUCCUACAGUAAAAGUGCAUGAAAGAAAUGCCAGUCUCGUCUCUGUUUAACAUUCCCUUGUUUCUAAUGCUGCUAUCCCUCAGGUGUAAUGCCCUCUGGUGCUAAACGGCAGAAGCACAAACUGGUGACUGUAUUAUAUUCACUGAAUUCUUAAUGUGUGUUUCUUCUUGCAUUCUAAAUCUAAAAUAUUUGGCAUCGUGUCUUUACUCUUAAAUGCUGGAAUUCAUUUUUGUACCACUUUGAUCUACAGCUCAGUCUCCUGUUAAGCUGUCAGCUGACAAGAAAAUACAGUCCUUCCAAAGGUUACAUUUGGCUUUAUUAUACAUUUUUGGAGGUCUGCCAUUAACAUGUCUCUUCAAAGAUUUUAUGGGAGUUCAGUUCAAACAGUAGUAAUCCGAGGAGACACACCUGCUAUACAUUUCAUUCUUUUUUUUUAUUAGUCUCUUUUGAUAUAUGAAAACCUAUUGUGUGAACACUGUAGAGCAGAUUAUAAUAAAAGGUCCUGAAUCUCAA